CAAAACAUAUUUAGGGCGAAAUGUUUCACCGUACACACUUAUAAGUUACAGUGACAAGUUUGAAAUGUCUGGUGUAAAAGACGGCACGGGUUUUAUCCCCCAUUUUUGUCACGUAGCCGACUCGCUCCAGUGAAAAGGAUUUUGGAAAUCCAGCGCUCAGACAGAGGCAGGAACGGUAUGAAAACAGAGGAAAACCAGUCAUGUCUUCAGCAGGCUCCAUCCACCACACCUUUUGAGCAUGUGGGCGGAGGUGAGGUGUGUGCAGGCUGUGAGUCACCUAUCGCUGACCGAUUCCUCUUGCGUGUAAAUGACCAGUCCUGGCACGAGACCUGUGUGAAGUGUGCCGUGUGCCUGAGCACACUCAGCGGGACGUGCUACUGCCGAGACCGCCUGCUCUACUGCAAGCAUGACUAUGAGAAGCUGUUUGUGCGGAAGUGCAGUGCAUGCCUGCAGGUGAUUGGACGCUCAGAGCUGAUCAUGCGUGUGCUAGGUCAGGUGUACCACCUGGGCUGCUUCAGUUGCUGUGAGUGUGAGCGGAGGCUGCAGAGGGGCGAUGAGUUUGUGCUGAAGGAAGGCCAGCUGCUGUGCCGAGGGGACUAUGAGAAGGAGAGGGAGAUGCUGGCUGCCAUCAGUCCUGCCCCCACCGAAUCAGUGAAGAGUGAGGAUGAGGAAGGUGGCAAUGGCUCUGUUGGAGGAAAGGCUGGCGAUGAUGGCAAAGAACAUAAGAGAUCAAAGCGACCACGCACUAUCCUAACCACGCAGCAGCGCCGCGCCUUCAAGGCAUCCUUCGAGGUGUCCUCCAAACCCUGCAGAAAGGUGAGAGAGACUCUGGCAGCUGAGACUGGGUUAACAGUACGUGUCGUGCAGGUCUGGUUUCAAAACCAGAGAGCAAAGAUGAAGAAGAUUGCUCGAAGGCAGCAACAGCAGCAACAGCAGCAGGAGCAGGAACAGAUCGGAGGGAGCAGGCGGGGUCCGAGCAGAGGGGGCCGACAGAGUAACGAUGACAGUGAGGGUAAGACAUGGGAUGGUUCCAGUAGUCAUGGAUUAGAUAGCAUGCUCUCCUAUUCCUCUAUGUCACGGCAGCAGCUCUUGGCUAUAGACCCAAACAUAUACGGGGCUGAGCAGUUCCGGCAUGGCCUAACACCCCCUCAGCUAGGCCCUGAGCAGAUGCACCCCUAUGACUCAGAAACAGUGUUCCAUGACUUGGACAGCGAUGGAAGCCUCAGUCACCUUGGUGACUGUCUCUUGGCAACGGCUGAGGGAGGGGUCGUGGCGGGACGUGUGGGAAAUCCAAUUGACCGCCUCUAUUCAAUGCAAAACUCCUACUUCACCUCGUGACCCCUCUUCACCUUUGACCCCAGACUAAGCCACCACCACCAUGGAGAGAGGCAGCAUCCAGACAAAGUCCUGCUGGAAACCUAACCUUCACCCCAUCAAGCCUGAAGGAUCCCACAUAACACAAUCACACUUGAGCUGUGCCAGUCAUGAUCUAGAAGGAGACAAAGCAAACAAAAAAGUCCACAAUCUAUGUGUUGACUAGGAACAAGGCUUGAGGAAUCAGGAGGAAUAAUAUUCUCGUGGCUAACCAAUAUUGAUAUUGUGUGACAUGAAGAAACAUGUACAUACUUUUUGUAACAGUCAUAGGCACACUAUAACUACAAACAGACAGCUUAUCACAAAGGUACAGUAUUACCUCAUAAUUUGUUCAUGUUGCUGACAAAAAAGCUUAAAAGUGAACAAGUCAAAUUCAUACAGUGCUCAGAAAUGGGCAAAAUUCACUUACAAAUGUAUCACUUACAAAGAAUUGACUCUCAUUAUGAAUAUAAACUGGUUACACUUUAUUGUAGGUUAGUGACAACUUACAUAAAUACACAUAAACAUGUAUAAAGACAUAUUCCAACAGCCAUCAUCUGCUUUUGACAUUUUUUGGUGAAAUGACAUGGCAUGUUAUAACAGCUGACUCUGUAUCUUUAUGUGUAUCACAAUGACAAUGUGAUUAUGUGACAUAAAUGGUAAAAAUGAAACUCACUUUAAUGCUACAUAAAUGCUCAUUUUUGUUGAACCAGGCUGACUUAGCAAGCUAUGUCAUCAGCAUUAUGUCACUGUAACAUACAUAGAGCUGCAAAGUCUCUCAUCCUGUGUCAUGACACAGCUUAAUAUCAGGAAAAAAAAUUGUGUCACCUGAUGCUGAUAUUAUGUUAACGUGACAUCAGUGUUGGCAAAUGGAACAUUUUUAAUGACAAAUGAAUGAUGGACAUGAUGAUGAAAGUGUUUAUAAAUGUUUACAUAGAUCUAUGUCAGUUGUGAUGAAGGGCCAAUGAAGGUGUCAUGUAGCCUUUUCAACACUGCCCUACAGUAAGUGUUACCAAUAAACCUUAACAUAGCAUAGGAAUUACCUUGCAGUCACCUCAGAAAUUGUCACAUUAAGACCUAGCCCUUCUGAUUAUGAGUUUGGGAGUCUUUUUAAGGUAUAUGCGACUGAUUCAAAUCUGCUAAGAAGAGACUCACGCUGGGUUUGAUUUCAGAAAAAAGCUGUUAUGUUGAGGUAUAGCAUAAAUCUAGUGUCGAAGUAGGUGGUUCUCCAUUAAAAUUGCUUCAUAGUGCUGGACUAAUAAGAAACCUGGACAAUUUAGUCUACUAAAUUUUCUCACAUGAAAUUUAGUGUUUUUCUUGGCCUAACGUAGCCAAACUCAACUUACAAGCUAACUAUGAAGUUUAUUAUUGCAGGGAAACACUAAACUGAGCUAGAAUGGAACUGUGCUCCACCAGUUUAGGGAGUUUUGGUAAGGUUCAGAAAGCAAAGCGAUUGAAUACACACCAGAGUGAUUAAGACAAGUCAAACACAACUCCACCCAGUGAUAAAGGUCAGCAUAGCUGAGAUGAGCAGUGGGUACCAUCAGGUGGACUUGUGUGACAAUGGACCACACAAAUAAUUAGUUAUGAACUACUUUUCAUCCACUAAAAUGCCAAAAAAUGAUUGGUAAAGGUAUUAAGAAUUGAAAGUGGUUUGAUUAGCUAGAAUACUAACAUCUGUAUUUGUGAGGCCUAUCACUUAGGGGUGGGAAAAAUAACCAAUUCUUAGAUGCAUCGUGAUUCUCUCUUGAAAGUUUCUUAAAACUUUAAAUAAACUCAUAAGUACCUAUACACAUUAAAAUGCAGGGCACUUGGCACUAAAAAGGGUGGUUGUUUUUUACCCAAAAAGUGGACUUUAAUUAUAGACAUGUACGUCAGUCUCUUCAACACUGUUAAUUAUUUCAAAUCACAAAUCUCAGUAUUGCAAAACAGACGACUGAUGGGGGAAGCAAGCCCCCAAGCUUUAACAAAACUGUGCCCUCCCAUAUUUUCCCAGUGUUCAAGUUAGAAGAGCAUAUUAAGAGCAAGCUAACAGUUAACAGUUAACCUAGCAAGCAUAACAGAGCUGUUUAGCUAGCUCAUCUAUCUGUCAUACAAUGUAGAGCACUCUGAUGUAGGUUAACAUGGCUCCUCUCACCCACAGCUUAACAAAACUGUUUCCCCACAGUCUCCGUUUCUCUAUUCAAGUCAGAGAAACAUACCAUGUUAACACUAAUGACCAAGCAAAAUUUAACCUAGUAAGCAUAACCAGGUUCCUAUUGUUUGCUCAGGUAACCACGCAAGCAUUCCCUGGAUGCACAUUCAGUUGUAAAGUGAAUAAAAACCUUAAAAGCUGAAUAAUGUUUUAAGUGGCUGGACACAGUGAGGUCUACAACAUGCCCUGUACAUAUAGAACCUGUGUCACUUUCUUCCUGCGCUGUUAAAUUUCAUUCGGCUACAGCGGUGUAGCACGCAGGGGUGUUGUUGUCAAUCACGCUCGCUAAUCAGAAUAUUCAGCCACGACCAGACCGUAUUGAAAUAAUUGAAAAUUGAAAUGUAUUUUAGAAUAUUUCUAUCUUGUUUUUUCAUUCAUGUUUAAUAUGGCACUCAGUUUUAGUAUCACAAGCAUUUUUAAAUAUUGCUCUGUAUUCCCAGAAAAUACAGAAUUAUUUGGUUGUUUAUUUUUUGCAUUUAUUUAUUUAUUAUACGUUUAAAAUAGUGGUGGAUAGCAGGUCCAACGACCCAACUGACUCCUCCUUGACUGUGCCCCUGAUACACAAUAGGAAAUUAAAAAUCCUAAUGUAGGCAAACAUCAAGAUGCAUCGAGAAUGGUUUAAACCACGAAUCAAAAUCAGACUGAAUUGUGAGGUGCUUAGGAAUUCCCACCCCUACCAUCAGCAUUGUAGAUGUUUGGACACAGGGUACAUCUGAGCUUCUGCUGGAGGAAAAUAACUGUUCACAAUGCAAUGUAGCAGGGUUUGUGAAUUUUCUUGAACAGUUACCUUUGUUCUGUAACACCUAGAGAAAAUCAGAUUUGAAUUGACUCAAUAGGCAGUUCAGAUUUAAGUAGAAUUCUUUAACAUGUGUCAAGAGAAUUUAGCUUUUUUAUUAUGAGCCCAAAUUUAGGGCAGUGCCAAACGCUGUAAAGAGGUUUGUUUUAAGGUAAAGAGUUCUUCAGGGUCUAAUACAGUUAAACAGGGUUGCUCUGAGAGCCUUGCGGGUUACAGGGUAGAGGUACACUAUCAUAGCAUCUGCAUUAUCUUCACUACACGUGUUAACGAAAUGGCACCUGUGUUUUUUGGGGUGUGCAGCACUUGGCAAGUUGAUGCUAAAUGUUCUUGUGCUCUGAUGUAAUACGCUUAGUGUGUUUGUAUGAUUACUGUUGUUGCAAUUACCACUGCGGUCUCUCUAUGAUACUGUUGAAUAUUUUGUAGCUUCUCCUGUGUGGCAGAACUUCAGUAUUGGAAUAUUUAUGUUGCAGCAUGAUAUACUGUAUAUGUGAGACUUUUCUUAUUUAAAAUUCAAGAAUGUACAGAGCACUUAUCGUUUUAACAGUGUCAACUCUAUAUUAUCUUGAUCUAGAAGUAUCUAUACUGACAAAUCGGACUAAGCCAAGUAACUGCAAGCUGUGACUGGACAACAUGGCUUAUAAACAAAGUGUGCAGCAGAAUAUUAACAAGUCAAAUGUUCUUGGAUCAUAUCAUGUCAGGGUAAUUCAUUGUGUAAUGAUAUUUCUUGAAGGACUGCUGAAAGGGAGAUGAUUUAAGACACAACGUUUUAGUUUGUUUUCUUUCUGUGAUUCUCUUCAAGUGAAUUCUCUGUUAUCCUCUGUGUUUGUGUAUUGUGUUUUCACCUUUACAAUAUCAUUACUAAUUUUAGCUGUUGCUAUAACUGUAUCUACUUGAUUAGUGAGUCUUCAUCAUUGAUAUUAGGUUUUGGAAUUGUCUUCAGGUCAAAAAAGGAAAAUACAUUUCCCAGAAAAACUGCACGUUUGGUUACCCUCUCAUCCUAAUAAUAAUAAGAAAAAACAUUGUAGUAGUCAACCUGCUCCAUGCUCCCCCUCAUAGCCCUGUCCUCCCACUCAUCCAGUCAGUGGUCAAAGGGAUUCUAACCCUCCAGUAUCCAGCUUUUUCUUUUUGUUCUCCUGCCAGCAGGCAGCUGGACAUGCUAUGAGGGAGAGACUGCACACAUUCCUUAGUUUAAUAUUAUACAGUGAUUUCACGAGGGAGACAAAGAGAUCCAUGAGAAACUGAGUGAAAGCACUCAGCACCCUCGUCAGACUAGAAUAAAUAUUCUGUGUGACUCAAAAAAGAUUAACUGUCAUGUCUAACAGCAUGAGAGAAAACUCUGAAGUGUGAUAUAUCGACUGUGACGUUCCUCUCAUCUAGAGCCCACAGCAAAUUGACUGUGUAACGUUAACCAAGCAGCCUCAAAGAAUAGUUAUGGUAUGGAAGCUAAUAUUAACUACAAUACUAUCGAUAUACAAAAUCAUUUAUUCCACGUUUGAUACAGCAAAACCAGCAAAAGUCUCAGGCUUUGUUCAUGAAACAUACUAAACAAAGAAUGUAUCCCAGAUGCAUGAUUUCAGCUUGUGCAUUUUAUUUUUUAUCAUGAAAAUGUAUCAUAAAAAAUCAGGAAACCCCAUGCAGAGCUGUAUUAUUAUUAUUACUGAAUCACCAAAAAAAGUUUCAAAUGUUUGACCAACCCCCCCUCUCCCCCAUUUUAAUUUACCAUGAGCAUCAAAACAGUUUAGAACAGUGCAAAAGUGAAUAUUGUAACUAAAAAUAAUGGAAGUCAUUGGUUCAGAUAAACAGCCGUUCUGUUAUGCAGGAUACUGUAUUUUCUGGCACAUACUGCAGCCUACAUGCUGUGAGGUUUAGUAAGUUUAUUUACAUUAACUGUUUGUAUUUAUCGUCAACUUUAUUCAGUUUCACUCCUGUGUGUCCUGAACUUCUGUUUUUGUGUUGGCCAUAAUUUUUAUAUUAAUAAUGCUAAUAAUUAGGUCUGUCACAAUUAUUACAUAAUUGCCUGAUCACAGUUAUUUGAACUGACCACAAUUAUUUUUCAUGGUUGUUAGCAGAAUGUGAAUUGGGUAUGUUUUCAUCAGGGUUCAAAUACACGUAAACAAAAGGAAGCAGAAAAGGCGCAGGUCUUAGUAAUAUCUGACUUUAGGGGACAGCCGUGAGAAAUGUUUGUGUAUUGGAUGUUUAGAGGCAGCGGUGAAUACUGUUUGUUUACUGGAUGUUUGCUAAUAACACCUUUAGAGGGCAGCAGUGAGUCAUUUGAGCUCAAGCUGUGUCAGCAGCUAGGAGGCUUGAGAGCUAAUCAGCCAGUUCAGUCACUUUAGGCUGCACUUUAGGCUUUAAUAGUUACAG